UUUCCUGUGUUGAUCAUAUUCAUUUGCUCUCUGUCUGCUAGAAGAGCUUUCCAGAACGGUCAGUAACAACCACACAGAUGAACCCACUGACACACUCAAUGCUUCAAGAAAAUCUUCUCCUAGCACACAGUUUCAGUUUCAACAUCCUCUAGCCAACUUCAUUUUCAUGCCAGACUGCUGAAUUCACCUGGAAUCAGUUAUAAAGGCAAGGGGUCUGAUUGCUGUUCUUCCAUGGAGUUCCCAUUUUAUCAUGGAAAAAUAACGAGAAAAACCUGUGAAGAAUUACUAAGCAAGAAAGGCAAGGAUGGCAGCUUUUUAUUACGAGAGAGCGAGAGCGUGGCAGGAGCCUUGUGUCUUUGUGUUUUCUUUGAACGGCUCAUCUACACUUAUCGAAUCUUCAGGGAACAUGAAGGUUACCUUCGGAUUCAGACUUCUGAAGACGUUCCACAACAGGUCUUCAAAACAAUAAAGGAUUUAAUAUACGCAUAUGAAAAGCCAAAUCAAGGACUCGUCAUCAACCUUCGCUACCCAGUAAGGAGACCGAAGCCCCCAAGGAGGAGAGUAAGGAAAUCCGAGGUAGAGGUGAAUGAAGUUUAUGAUGAAGUUGAAGAAGGAGAUUAUGUUGAUGUCUUACCUUAAAUCAGCUGCGACCUGCUUUUUUGUCAGAGGUCACGUCUUAUCCUGCCCCCCAUCUCAGCAGAUCAAAUGUAAAAAGCUUGCUCUCAGAACUUAUCCUUGCA